AGUUCCACCCUCCCGCUGCCCCCCGCCUCCCGCUCGUUCCGUCUUCCGUCCCGCGCUCCGCGCUACUCCGCGGCCCAGCUGUAUUCUCGUGUCCUCGCAGGUUCGCGCUGUGUUUUGCAUUUUCGCGAGGGUUGUCGUACGCGAGUCGUGCGGAAAUGCCAGGAUUACGAGGGCGGCUCUCGCGAUCGCGUAAUGUCGGUGGCAAGUGACGCCCCGGCGCUUCUCGCGGCACGCUAUCUCUGCAGAACGAUGUCAAGCAGAUAAAUUAUGCCACGAAAAGAGAACACCAAAGCGAAAACAUGGGAGCGAGAUCGAAGAAAACGUAUGAACGCGUACUUCAAGACAUUGGCGGACCUUCUGCCGCCGCAUCAGGAAGGUCGCAAACGCAACAAGGUCGACAUCCUGAUCCACGCCUCGAAGUACAUAAAAGACCUCCAUAGCCGCACCGAGGAGUUGUUCUCCACUCAUGCUUCGGAGGCACACAAGGAAGAAUUGGCUCGUUUGAAAAAACUCGUGACACAGCUGAUGUCUCGUACCCAGUUACUAUCCACUCUUCUUAAGGAGGCAGGAAUUUCUGUACCAGCCGAGCCGGCUCUUGAAAAAAUAUCCCCUUUAAAGUGGUCGAAUAAAAUUAAUGUCGACGACGUAGACAAAUAUUUUGAUAAGAUCGAAGAAAAGAAAACUUCAGAGAAGAAGAAAAAGGAGAAAUCCACGGAAAAUAAAGUGCCUUCUAAGAAAAAAUCUGCAACACCGUCGGCUCCGAAAAAGCUGUCCGAGGAAGCUGCCGCCGCUAAGGAUGUCUGUAAUUCGAUAGAGAAUCAGGAGAAUCGAGUGAACUGUGCCAAUAGCAAAAACUAUAAUUCCGAUAGUACAAGUAGCCUAGCUGAGACUGGAUCGAAGGAAGUGGAGCGUUGUCAAAAUGAUUCUGCUAACGAAGCGACCGCGACAGGAACAGCCAAUACGAAAAAAAAGACUGUGGAUAAGAAAGUCGAAUCCCAAAAGUCAUUGAAGAAGAAACGCAAACGCAAGGAUGAGAAAAACUCGGCGUUGCCACCUAUGGCCAACACUGUCACCAGUUUAACUCCUAAUACCCUCAUUUUGUCUGGUGGAAAACUGAUGCCCCUCGUAGCUCCGAUGACGUCAAACAUCAUCGUGAAUACGCAGCAGGCAUCGACGAAUCCGAUAAUCCUCGGUAACACGCAACAGAAUCAGAUGAUCGUGAUGCAACCCUUGGCGAAUCGUGUCCAGAACUCCGUCGUCUCGAUAUGCAAUCACGCUCUGAUUAACACCGUGCAGAAGGUCACUCUGAACACCGUGCCGAGUAUUCGCACGAAUAUGGUUGUCGAUUCUCACAACUGGGCGUCCAAUGUGAAAAAUAUAAUUAAUGCCACGAAGAUCGGCGGGCACAAGGGUAUCUUGCCAAAAGGCAAAGAGAUCACAAAGACGACUAUGGCUUACAAAGUGCCUAUACCAGCGAUACACAAGGACAAAGUGGAGAAGCCCAAGGAUAGCACGAGCAAAAAGGAGUCGGAAGUGAAAGCGAAGGGCAACAAGAAUCAUUCUAAGAGCCACAAAAGCGUUCAAAGUACGCCGGAAACGGCUGAAGAGUUGAGUGUCGAGAAGAAAUCGCCGAAGGAACCUGCCAAGACUCAUGAAGACGCGACAAUCGUCCCGCGAAAAGGUGCGCUUAAACGCGGUUUAUCUACAGAAUCUGAUUCCGCGGACGAGCCGGAAGACAAGAAACGGAAAGACACGAACGAUGAUGCAAACCAAUCCGCCCAACCAAUCGCUUCGAAGGCGACAGAUUUCACCGCCACUUGCAAAUCUAUCGUAAGUUUGAAGCACGUUAUAGAGAGAAUAGGGGAGAACAUCCGAGACGAGCAUGCGACUGUCAGCAACGAGAAGGAAUCUGCUGUCACGAAAUCAAAUAACAUAGUUACUCAAGCAGCAAAUGAUACUAGUUGCGAAGAAACAUCCGAGACGAGCAAAUUAAUGGAUAUCGUGGACACGAAUUGUUUCGAUAUGAAUAAGAAGACGACCGAGGAUGUCGUGUCGCAGACCAUUGCCUCGGACAAAUUUCCCAGUGAGUCAGAGACAGAUGCACCUGAUCGAUCGUCUAAUGAUUUCAACAUGUCGAUCGACAACAUAACGGAAAAGAGUGACGGAAAUAUCGAGCACUUGGACGCGAAAUCGACCUUGACGGACGUCGAAGUGGCGGAGAAGGCCGUCGGAACGGACGGGCCGAAGAAAACGUGCAACUUGGGUACACGUUUCGACAGUCUUCUACGCGUGGCGACGGCCAAGGAGCAACAGCGGGUCAAUGACGCGAUAGGCGGCAACGUAGAGAGCAACAAGAUCAUUCUGAAUUUGGAUACGAACACUACGACAACGAUGAAGUCCGAUGCUAACAUUGUCGACGCAGCGACAUCGGCAACGGCAACGGCAACGACAUCGUCAUCAUCGUCGUCGUCUUCGCAGCCACUAACAGCUAACGUGGUCAACGAUGAGACUAAAUUGGUAAAGACUUCGAAGGACGAAAUGCCGAAAUCACUGCCGUACACCAGUGAGAACACAUUUGUGCCGAUCAGCAACAGAACGGACGGGUUACAUUCGGACUUGUCCAAUGACAUAUUCGCCUCUCUGCACGUUCCCUCCAGUUCGCAUAAUCCGGAAUCGAUAUCACCCACGGCAGCGUUCCUGAUGGCUUUUCCGCUUGUGUCGUCCUUGAACGGCAAAACCGAAGUCCUGGACGAGGAGAUGAAGGAUGACUUCAAGUAUCAUAGUCAGACUCCGCCGAUGCUGUUGCAGAUAGGCACCAUGGAGCCGAACAGCUUCAAGAUCAAGACUUCCUCGCCGUCGCACGCGAUCGCGGAGAAGCGGCUGAAAACAUCCUGCGAGGAGAAGCAAAUCGCGUCCGCGAGUGUAAACGCGAACGCCGACAUAAUCGUUCCUGUGGAAUGCGCGACGACCAAGUCGUUGCCGAAGGUGGUGAACGAGGAGACGUUGCGAGAGCCGUACAAGAUAGUUCAGACCGUCCUGACGCCGAGUUUGGAGAAAUCCGUCAUGACCACCAGCGCGUAUUCUUCCCAUACCUCAGUCAAUUUCUCCGCCGUGGACUCCUCAUGUAUCGUAGGCGCGUCCCCGAAUGUGGCGACGAAUCAAAGUCGUUCGAGUCAAUUGAGGACGUCGAGUACGCUGAACAAUAGUAACGUAAUCGCGUCUCAAGCGCCGGUAAAUAUCCCCGCGUCUACCGACAAGAGCGAUAUCGCGGAUUGUGCAUCAUCCCAAGUGGCAACGAGCCGCAAUCCCGACGUGACGUACUCCGGACCGCAGGACUUCUUGCCCAGCUACUCGACGAUGCUGGGCCAUAAUCUCGGUACGCUGCAACGUAUGUCCAACUCGUCUAUGUUCAAAAAUGCCAACGCGACGACGCAAGAAUCGAAUUCCACGGUCGGUCCGCACGUCGACAACUCUCAGAACUUGUUGAGCACUCGGCUCGAGAACGCGACAGUGACCACGAAUUCCUCGUCCGCGGCCUUGCGAUCCCUGCAAGCGGACUAUUCGACUCAAACGAAGGACAAAGCCUCGCAAAGUUCAUCGCAUGUAAUUUAUCCGUCGCACAACAAGGACACACUCAUCAAUUCUGCCAGUAUUGUUCCCGAUCACCGUGUGGAUUACGCUAGUCAGAUGGACCGAAGUCUUCCGGUGACGUCCCAGAGCAUGCAGAGCUACUCUGUGCCGGCCAAGGAGUCCUCCCUUUCGAUUCUGCCCUCUCAAGACAUGCAACAUAUGUACAGCCAGACCAAGGACAGUCAUGUUCUCUUAGAUUUGAACAGUUCCCAGCAGACGUUUACCGUUCAGAAAAAACAGGAACACAUUAUCGCGAGCUCUCACAACGAUUACGUUGGUAACCAAGCGAAGGCGAUGUCUCAGAAGGAUUCUAUAUCAUAUACAAGCGGCGACAACGAGGCCGCGAGCGCUCCAUCGCGAAAUCAAGAGUACGUUACGAAGACUGCGAGUCAGAGUUCUUCGGAAAAUACUUUCCAACGGAACUAUUCCAAGCUAAACAAGAGCACAGACACAUUGAAUCCGAAUCAAGAAGCGAAGCUGAAUAACGUGCUCAGCUCUAAGACUCAGGAACAGCAGCAGCAGCAUAAUCACAUACGCGAUCCGGCCUACGUUCCCGCAAAGAAGCUAGAUGUAGAUCCAUUCGCCCAGUCGUACCAGUACGACGUCAAGGAAGCGAUGAGCAAUCCGAGCGAACGGACGAACGUUCUGAACGCGAAUACCGACGACACGCAUAGCAAUUACGUUUCGUAUCCCAGUAAGGACGACAAGAAGACAAACGCCGUCUCGACUGUCGCUAUGUCCAACAACAAUAAGCCAGCAGCGGUGCAGCAAAGCGCUGUUCCACGAUACUCGCAACAGACCUCGUCGUUUAUCACCACGUCCAACUACGAGCAGAGCACGAUGACGGAGAAUCACACCAAGUCCACGACCACCGUCGCUCAUAAUUCGUCCAAUUUCAGUAUUAUCUGGACGACAUUCUCGCCGGUCAGCGGUGGUGGCGGCGGUGGCAACAACAAUCUGGUGCAUUACGAUCAGGGACAGUCACAUCCGAACGAUAAUACCGAGGCAAAGACCAUCUGCGAGAAUUAUAGCUACGUACCGUUGCACAAGGACAACUCGAGUUUCUCUAAUCAAGUGUUGAUUGGUGAUAAUUAUCCGAAUAGCUCAACCAUGUCGACCGGGAUCGACAAGUCGCGACAAGGAAAGAUCGAGUCGCAGAAGCAAUCCUUCGUUGAUUCCUCCAAGACCAGGAAUGAUCCGUCGAAGCAGAACCGGAUACAAGGUCAGCAGACCGGCAACGACUACAAGUUUCCCGACGGUGGUAAGAGCAAAAACAAGUACGGCAUAGAUUCGGACUACAUGCAGAACGAAUACGGCGCUGCCAUGGAUCAACAGCAGCAUUCCCAGCAACACGGUCAGAAGAAUCAUCAAAAUCUGUCGUCCAAGCAGGAAAAGGCAGUGUACACGUACGAGCCACAGAUUAACUUCGACCUAGCGGAGAGUAACGCGCAGAUGAAGUAUUCGAUCGAGGCUUACACCGGCGUGAAUUUCAAAUACACGGAGAAGACGCAGCAGCCAAGUCAGCACAAAUAUCAGAUUCUUGGUCAAGGACAGAUUCCUUUGCACGACAGCAGCAGUUACAGUAGCGACGUGAAGCACAGCCAGCAGCAGCAGCAGCAACAGCAACAGCAAUCGCACAGUAGCAACAAUAACGGUAAUACCAAUAAGUCCAAGAGUAAUCAGCACCAACAACACGCGAUCAAGGCGCCGGUUAAUUGGAUGAUGACACCGGAGGUCAAGCACAACACUAACUUCGCCGAUAUUAUUCUACCGCCGAUCGGCAAGGAGCUAGAGUUCUGCCAAAAUAAUUUGUUCACGCAGACACCUACGUACAACCAGAGCACACCAAAUCAGUUCUACAACAAUUAUGAUGUUUCCGCUGCCCAUAGUUUCCCAAAUCUACCGGUUCUGCAAAGUGAUCCAAAGAGGUCCGCGGAGACCUUCUAUUCCGAGGAGCAACCGUUUCCGUGGUCUCCGACGAAAAACACCGUGCAUAAUAGUGUUGAACAUGCGAUCGGCCAGUCAUCGGUCAAGUGUAUCGAUCAGCAUAUUGUACCGUCGAGUUUGCAGAGUCUGGUAAGUGAUCUCGAUCUUAGCGCCAAUCUGGACAAGCAGAACUUCCUGUUCGGCGCUGCAACCUCGUCAUCGAGAAUCUCCGCGGAGCAGAGCAAGGAUGCAUCUAUAAAGGAGAAAGAGGCGAAUAACGUAUCGGGACGGGAUCUUCACGCGAUAUUGAAUACUCAGAACGCGCAACAUCCGGCUUCCACCUUCCUGUCAGUGAGUCAGUUGGUGGAGCAUGAGAAGGCGGAGAAGAGCCAUCAGCAGCAGAAUCAUCAGCAGCAUCAACACCACCAGCAUCACCAUCCUCAUCCGCACCAGCAUUCGCAACAGCAACAUCAACAGCAGCAGCAGCAACAACAACAACAACAACAACAACAACAACAACAACAGCAGCAGCAGCAGCAGACUAGGAAACAUCAGAGGAAGAGCAACGCGAGUCCCAGAACGACCAGCAAGCGGCAAAUGGACAUUCGCAAGUCUACAACAACCAACGACAAUAAUAAUUUGCAUCAGCGGCACGAGGAACAAAAAUCAUCCGGGCACGUGUUCACGGAACAGGGAUACCAGCAGCCGCAGCCGCAGCCGCAACAGCAACAACAACAGCAGCAGCAGCAGCAAAAAUAUCAACAGAAUAAUGUCCACUGGAGAAGCAGAAACUGCAAAAGCAACUAUACUGCGGAGGCACUAAUUGGCACCAGCAUUCAUGACACUGGCCAGGAUAAGCACGCAUCGAUCAAGUUCACGACCAAUUAUCCCCAGAACAAAUUCCAGAGCGGUUUGUCCGCGGAUGCUGCGGUGAUGCCUAUCAACUACUUCUCUAGUGCGCCACCACCGGACGACGGCACCGCGGCCGGUUACGGCCAAUCGGUGGUCAAUCAAAACUUCAACACGUACGCGUACUCGUCCAAUUCCGCCAACUCUAUCUAUCCUACCAGCAACUUCAUCAGCAGCAUCUCCAACACGCCCAACAGCUACAUGGCCAUGCCGCUGCAUGAGAACGCCGCCGAUUACGUGCAGGAGACUAACUUUCUGUUGCCGAACGUGGCCGGAACGAGCAGCUCGUCGAGCGCUAGCACCGUUAAUACGUCCAGCGCGAACACGACCUCCACCACGGCUGGGAACGCCAACGGGAACGGGAAGAAUCAUCAGCACUACGGGAAGCAUCCUAACUGCGACAAACGUUCGUAUUCCACUGCCGCGAAGAAGGGCAAGCGGAAGGCUCUCGAAAACGGACCCAUGCAGAACCUGGAGGGAACCUUUCCUCUAACCGGCAUCAACUCUCCGAUGGAGGAGUAUCAUCAUUCGGCGGCGUUCCUGGCGGCGCCGCCACCCCCGCCUCCACCGCCACCUCCCGCCAAUGCUCUCUACCAGAAUCAUCCGCAAACGAAUGUCUACGCCAAGACUGUCAACAGUCUUCCACCGCCCCCACCGUCGGCCAUGGCGAGCGCUCAGGGUGUCACGACCGUGGGAGCGGCCGGUUUUUCCAUGAACUCCAACAUGGUCCGCGGAGGAAUCGUCUCGAGCAAUCCGAUGGGCAUGCCGCAUCAUCCUUCGGGCACCAGUCUCACCAACUUCAACCUAAGCACGAUCUUUCCUGAAAUGAAUGAUAAGGUCACUGGAUACAAAUCCUCGAACGGUAUACCACCCGGCCUAUCGCAGACGUCCAAUCAGCCUGCGACCUAUACGCAACGAAGUAAUUAUCCGUCGAACGCUCUGUGCCAUUUGCCGCAGGUGUGUUUAUAAACGUGUCUCCGUAAUACCAAAACCAAUUGUGUGAGCCUAGGAAGUGUGUAUAUACGUUGUUUGCAGAUUUCGGAAGGCACGCAAUUCAUUAAUAGCGUUCCACCGCUUCCCAUAUCUCCUGCUCCUCCUCCUCCUGCCUUCUCAUUCCUUUCACUCCUAUGAUGAGGUUUCAUGGUUUGUGAUACGAUCGAUCAUCGCUUGUACAUAUGUAAAUACCAUAUAUUAUUCAUUAAAUUAAAAGACGUUGAUACAAAAAAAUGUAUAUUUGAUUUACGUUAGCGUGUUGAAUAUUUAAAUUAUAAAACAAAUGAUCCGCUAAAGUUAUGACGGUUGAGUAACGAUUUUGUCAUAUUAGAUUAGAUUAAAAAGUGUCGUACAUAGAAUUGAGUUUUUUAAUCAAAGUUCCUUUUUUUGCAUCAUGCGAUA